UGGGCUUGUAACUUGACACCUGGCUGCGCGGUUCGUUUGCCAUCGUUUUUACCCUCAGAAAAAUCUAUUUAAAAAGGAAAGCGAUGAGUCCAGCGCUUCUGACUCCGUAACCCCGCUGAGAAGAACCCACGCAGCUUUCCUCGCCGGCCGCAGCGUCCCUCAAUCUGGAUCGGCAUAAAUGAAUGAGCCACAAGGGAAUAUCGCCAGACGAUCGCAACCUGGAAACUCUCUCUUGUCAAACAAGACAACCAGGAGGAUUCUAUGUCGAGCUUGACAGGCAUCUCAGCAUGACUUUUUAUGUCUGGAACUUCAUCUCGUGAUUGUCAAAUGCGUGAAACGGCGGCCGGUGUUUUCUGCCCCCCUCGCAAAGGAGUCACGCUGUGAUUAACGGAUCAGGUUUUUGACUGGCAGGACAAAUGAAUACAAAUGAAUUUAGGCACCCGAAGGAGAGCUUGCAGAACCUCUCAUCUAGAUACAAAGAGAGCCCUAUUGCUCUGUGCAGUUUUAUAUUGUACUUGUUACCUGGGACAUACACAAGAACACUCUGAAGAUGUUGAUAUCCUCCAAAAGUUGGGGCUUAAAGGACAGAAGCCGUCACAUUCUAUGCCAAAAGGGGUCAUUCCAUUCAGAGCGGGGAUCAUCCUUAACCAGAGGGCGCAUAUUGAGGCUCCACUGCACUCAGUCCUUCCAGCGGCCAUCUGGCCCAAGUUGGCACUGGUCCUGAGUGUACGCUCACAUCGUGUAAACAGUGCUUUCCUCUUCACUCUGCUUUCAAGCAACAAGAAGCUCCUUCUUGGUCUGCAGCUUGUACCAGGUAGUCUUGUCCUACACACAGGACCGAACACCUCAGUGACACUGCCCUAUGAGCCCCAUGAUGGCCAGUGGCACCAGUUGGCACUGGGAAUUAAUGGAAAGACAGUGACUCUAUAUGCCUCCUGCGGAGAGCAGAGUGUCCAGGCAGACUUUGGGUGGGACAGUGAGGAGGGACUGGCUCCAGAACGCCAGGGCUCCUUCUUGCUGGGGAAGUCAAGCCAGCACCAAGUAUCAGGAUACUUUGAAGGAGCAAUUUGCCAGUUUGAUCUUGUCCCUUCUGCACAGGCAGCUCACAACUACUGCAAAUACAUUAAGAAACAAUGCAGGGAAGCUGACACUUACAGGCCUAACCUUUCUCCUCUACUGCCUAUUCUACCAAGAGUAACAAACAUUUCAGCUACUCCUGCUACCCCUAAGCGUGGUGGUUCAGACGCCGCAAGGAAGACCACAAAGCUGAGCCUUGCCAGGAAUGUCGCCGCUGCUGCCUCAGCUGUCAGGUAUGGGGCCCCCGACCAUAAAAAAAAGCUAAAUCAGACAACCACAACCGCUCCCCUGCUAGUAACUGUGAUGCCAACCACAUCCCAAUUGGGUUUGGUCGUCCCUUCUUCCAUAACCAAGACUGAAACUGUAACAGCACCACUCAGGACACCAGCGCCGCACACUCCAAGCUUUAAAGCUUCAAAUCACAAAACUGCUAAGCCCACACCACCAAAGCCUACUCAUCAAAGCACCUCAAAAGAGACUAUAACAAGAACAGACAAGAAGAAACUUACCACUCCAGCCACCAAAUCCCCAAAAACCAAAAUUGACACUGUUUUACAAGACCAAGCUAGAGUCCCGAACCAACCCCAGCCCACAACACCCAAGAAAAUACUCCCCAAGUCUAAGGUUUCUCCAUCCAAAGCUCCUUUGCCCAAUUCCAAAUCAGAUUAUGUCAAAGCUACCCCCUCUAAACCAACACUAUCCAAAGCAAAGUCCUCAAAAUCAAUAUUCCCCAAAACUACAACUGCUAAGCCUCAAAAGCCAAUUUCUAAACAAACCAUCAAGCCAACAAAGAAACCCAAAACUACCAAAGCUUCAGUCACUCCUCGACCUACCAAGCCUACAGACAAUGCAGUAACACCACCUGCCACCGAUGGCUUCCUGAGCUGGGAGGUGCCACCAACACAGUUCUCAAUGCUGACAGGACCAAAGGGAGAGAAAGGAGACCCUGGCCCACCGGGACUGCCAGGACCUUCAGGGAAACCAGGCCUGCCAGGCAAGAGGGGUCCACAGGGUGACCCCGGCCCCCAUGGGAAUCCUGGUAGACCUGGUCCACCUGGGCUAAAGGGGAAAAAAGGAGAUCCUGGUAUUUCACCCGGGCCAGCACCUAAAGGAGAGAAAGGAGACUCAGGGAUUAUUGGCCCAGUUGGACAGCUUGGACAAGAGGGGCGAAAGGGACAGAAAGGAUACCCCGGUCCACCCGGACUUCCUGGAGAGACAGGAGAGCAGGGUCCAAUCGGAAGCCCAGGUGCCAAAGGUUAUCCUGGCAGGCAGGGUUUACCGGGACCUAUUGGACCAAAAGGGCUGAAAGGCGUUCGGGGUUUCAUUGGAAUCCCAGGCCUUUUUGGCCUGCCUGGCCCCGAUGGCGAAAGAGGAAUUCCGGGUGAACCAGGGAAGAGGGGCAAGAUGGGUAGGCCGGGGUUUCCAGGGGACUUUGGGGAGAGAGGGCCACCUGGACCAGAUGGAGAGCCAGGUGGCCUAGGAGCCCCGGGUCCGAACGGAGUCCCUGGACUAAUUGGCGAUAUGGGACCGGUGGGAGAAAUGGGCCCUCCCGGACCGGCUGGACUCAAGGGGGUACCCGGAAAUUCUGGAGAACCAGGACUGAAAGGUGAUAAGGGGGACGUUGGGAUUCCUGGACAGCAGGGGGAGAUUGGGUUCAAAGGAGAUAAGGGUAUCCAAGGAGCUCCAGGUUUACCGGGCGUUCGAGGGAAACCAGGACCGCAGGGGAAACUAGGAGAGAAAGGUCCCGAUGGAGCACCUGGACCACCAGGCCCCGAGGGUUUCCCUGGUGACAUGGGACCACCCGGAGAGAACGGCGUCGAAGGGCUAAAGGGAAAAAUAGGAGACCGAGGUUUACCGGGGCCCCGAGGGAUUCCUGGCCUAGAGGGAGACGAGGGUCCGAUCGGGCCACCGGGACCAUCAGGACUUGAGGGUAGAAUGGGAAGAAAAGGAUUUCCUGGGAAGGUUGGCCCGGAGGGAGUGAAGGGAGAAGCCGGUGUCCCAGGAAAAGUUGGGUCCAUGGGAGAACGAGGAUUGGUGGGUUUCAUCGGACCUGUGGGAGAGGCAGGGCUGGCAGGAGAGAAGGGAGAUCGAGGAGAAAUGGGCCUUCCUGGACCACCCGGAGUAAAAGGAUCAACGGGUCACCCAGGGACGCCAGGUGAGACUGGACCUCCUGGACCACCAGGAAGACCAGGCCCUGCCGGAGCAAGUGGGCCAGCCGGCACCAGAGGGCCCAAAGGCUUGCGGGGAGCAAUGGGGCCUGAUGGUCCAACAGGAGAGAUGGGGUCAGAGGGCAAGAAGGGUUCCGAUGGUCCUCCAGGAAAAAUAGGUUUCCCAGGAUCACAGGGAAAGAUCGGAGAGCCGGGAGACACUGGGCCAAAAGGUUUUCCAGGAAUCCUAGGGCCUUCUGGACCUCCAGGAGACAAGGGAAUAGCCGGCGACCCGGGGCCACCCGGACCACCUGGGACUGUUGGAUUGUUAGGAGAAAUUGGUCCAAAGGGUCCUGAUGGCAAAGAGGGUGAACCAGGACUGCCAGGCGAACCUGGGGAGAAGGGGGGGCUUGGACCAUCAGGGAACAUCGGAGAGCAAGGACUGAUAGGGCAGAGGGGAGAAGCAGGUCUAGAGGGAGAAGCUGGUCCAGCUGGUCCUGAUGGAGCAAAGGGUGAAAAAGGUGACAUGGGUCAGGAGGGUGACAAAGGUGAAAAAGGUGAAACUGGACUAAAGGGAAAGGAAGGUCCACCUGGUAGUCCUGGACUCUCUGGUGUUCGGGGUUCAGAAGGAAAGCCCGGUAAAAUCGGUGAACGAGGCAAACCAGGCCUAAAGGGGGCUAAAGGUCAGCUGGGUCACCUUGGAGAAACUGGAACAGUAGGAGAGACCGGACCGCCAGGAUUUUUAGGGCCGAAGGGUUCCAGAGGGACUAUAGGACAUGUGGGAGCGCCGGGCCGAAUGGGUCAGCAAGGUGAAGUUGGUCUUCUAGGCUACGAGGGCCAUCUGGGACCACAGGGGCCCAUUGGGCGUCCAGGUCCAAAAGGUGAAAAGGGUGAGCAGGGUGACGAUGGGAAGCAGGAAGGUCCUCCUGGUCCUCCAGGUCUCAUGGGACCUCCAGGUGACAGAGGAGAGAGGGGUGAAUCAGGAGACCCAGGGUACAAAGGUCAAAUUGGUUUGGAUGGAGAACGAGGCAGACCUGGAGCUCCUGGACAACCAGGUCAUCCUGGGCCUCGUGGACAAAAAGGACCUAAAGGUGCCAAGGGAGACCAAGGUGAAAAAGGCAAAAAAGGACAACCUGGACAAAAAGGAGCUAGAGGAUCUGAGGGUGUGGGUGGUCCUCCUGGUCCCAGAGGCGUGGUGGGUCCAGAGGGGCGUGAGGGAGCGCCCGGGGAGGACGGAACCACCGGAAAAGAUGGAAGCAAAGGCAUGCCGGGAGAGCACGGUGAUGAUGGGGCAGUAGGGCUUCCUGGGAAAUCUGGCGGACGUGGCAAAACCGGCGUUCCAGGACUCCCCGGAGAUCAGGGAGGCGUAGGGCCAAAGGGGGAGCCAGGUCUUCGAGGCCAAAGUGGACCUUCAGGAAAAAGGGGUUUCAAAGGUGGAAUGGGACAACAGGGGCCACAGGGAGACAGAGGGCCUAAAGGACAGCCUGGUGAUGCAGGACAACAAGGUUUUCCAGGAGUUCUUGGAGUUUUUGGACCAAAGGGUCCUCCAGGAGACUUUGGGCCAAAGGGCAUACGGGGACCAAAGGGGCCACAGGGUGCAAUGGGUGGAAGAGGAGUUGUCGGCCCUGUUGGAAUUAUUGGUCCCAGUGGAAGUGCAGGUCCUAGAGGACAAAAAGGCAACCGUGGAGAGAAUGGAUUUCAAGGUCCUAGGGGAUCACCUGGACCUCGUGGACGUCCUGGACCUCCAGGCCCUCCUGCAAUCCCUCUUUCAUUUAAAGAAGAUGGCCUUGUGAUUGUUGAUUCAGCCAGUCCUGUCAGGACUCAGCAUAGACCAGCAAUGGACCUGCCGAUGCUCGACCAGGGUGCAGAGAUCUUCAAGACCCUCCACUACCUCAGUAACUUGAUCCAGAGCCUGAAGAACCCAUUGGGCACUCGGGACAAUCCCGCCCGUAUCUGCAGGGACCUUCACAGUUGUGAACAGAAGUUAAAUGACGGCACUUAUUGGAUAGAUCCCAAUCUUGGUUGCUCAUCUGAUACAAUAGAAGUCUCCUGCAGCUUUACUGGUGGUGGACAAACCUGCCUUAAACCAAUAACGGUUUCCAAGCCGUCAAUCGAGGUUGGUCGUGUCCAAAUGAACUUCUUGCACCUUCUGAGCUCAGAGGCUAUUCAGCACAUCACCAUCCACUGUCUGAACAUCUCAGUUUGGAGGUCAGCUGAGGAUCAGCUCCCUGACCACCGGUCUGUGAGAUUCAAGGCCUGGACCGGAGAAGUGUUUGAAGUGGGAGGGGAGCUCGAGCCAAACGUUUUGGAGGACUCCUGCUGGAUAAAUGAUGGGCGCUGGCACCAGACCCAGUUUGUGUUCCAUUUCCUUGAUCCCACCCUGCUCCCUGUCAUCGACAUCUACAACCUCCCAAAAACAAACUCCGCUUCACAUUACCACCUGGAGAUCGGUCCGGUUUGCUUUCUUUGAGGGCCGCAGCGUCGGUCUGUCUUCUGAGCACAAAGGGAUGGACAACUUCCCCCUACAAAUCACCUUCAUGCAGGCACGGAGACCAGAAAGGUCAUGUAAUCGUGGCCAAACAUUGUCCAAGUGAGGAAUAACUCGCUGCCUGCCCCCACUCCCCUCCGCCCAAAACAGACACUGCUUCACAACCAAACUCCUAGUGGACUGCAAGCAGAGAAAAAAGGAGGAAGCAGAGAGAGCAAGGCGGUGGGGUUACAGGAGCAGGGCAGUUCUUGCACUACUGGCUUCUCAGACCAACAAAUGCUUCCUCAAGCUCCUUCCAGAGGAUCUCCAUGUUAAAGGAUAAAAUACCACGCAACGUCUCCAGGACAUUUUAAGUGAAAGGAGGCCAAGUUCAGCAGUGGAUAUUUGAAGUAACUUAUUUCCACAAUUGUAUACAGUCUGUAUACUUUGUGUAAUAUUCAGAUUUUGUCAUAGCACCUAAAGUAAUUGGGAUUUUGUAAAUAUAGAUAUAUAUAUAUGCUCUAUUAUUGAUUUUAUACAUGUAUAUCUUUUGUAAAUUAAUAAUCUUUAAGUGCAAUAGAUAAAAGUAAAAAAAAAAUAUUUUGGAACAUAGAGCUUAAAACCAGAUGCUAAAGUACACUGUGCAAAAAGGCACAUAAGCUUUUUCUCCACAAUGUCUGACAUCAGAUUAGACUAUGCUUUUCUAGUUUUAGCUGUGUUAUUUGGAUUUGCUAAAUGCCAGAACAGUAAGACAUUUUUAGAGAUUUUUAAAAAUCAUGUUCAAAUUCAGAGGCUUGCAUGCACUAUGGGAUUACUGUGGCUUUAAGAAGAUGGGUAAAGUCCACAUUAUAAUGUCAUUUUUGCAAGCUUCUGGUAGGUUAAUUCACAAUGUUUUAGUUAAAUGAGGAACAUGACUGUUGCUUUAUUGUAAAUCAAUACCUUAAACGCACUGCUUCCUUGUAAAGAAAAAAAAAAUCUGCUAA